ACAUCUCAGGAUCUCUUGCAUGCUAUUUUAAUAUUCACUGAUUAGAAAUUCGAAUGUUUUUAAGAAUCUAAAGAAGAACGCCUAAAGAAGAAUAAGACUAAAAUGUUUUACAUUAUUCAUAUUUACUCUUUAACAUGACUGAAACUCUUUUUGUAUUUCUUUUGAAACUAUACUUUAAUUUUUACAGUUUUCAUCAUCUUGCUGUUACAGACGCUGUCUGAAUCUUUUCCUUCACAGGAGUUUUUUUUCUGUGCAUAUAUGAGUACAUCAAGACUUUAAUUGAUUUUGUCUUGUCCCUUGUAGAUAGUGUAUUUUAACAUUACAUAGAUAGUCUGUUUGUUUUAGCAGUGGACUGAAAAUGGCAAAUUACAGUGUGAGCAAUGUAGACAGCUUUAUAAUCACUGGAUUUGAUCACCUGCAGAACCAAAAGCUCCUCGGAUUCCUCAUCUUAAUAACAUACAUGCUCAUAUUGCUUGGGAACGGCAUCAAUCUGUGUAUCAUCAUGACUGACAGACAUUUACACAAACCAAUGUACAUAUUAAUCUGUAAUCUAGCUGUUGUUGACAUAAUGUUCUCCUCUACCUGCAGCACAACUAUGAUCUCAGUGCUGCUGGCUGAGAUUAAAACUGUCUCAUACUACUCUUGUAUCUCAAGGACGUUCUUCUAUCAUCUUGGCGAUUUCACAGUGUGUAUGGCCCUGACAUUAAUGGCAAUAGACCGACUUAUUGCGAUUAGGCUUCCUUUAAGGUAUCACAGCAUUGUAACAAAUUCACGAACAUUUUUGUUUAUUUUUCUGACCUGGCUCAUUACUAUUACUCUAAUGGGUGUUUUGACUUCUGUGGUAGACAGUGUCCCAUACUGUCAGCCUGUUAUCAGAUAUGUGUUCUGUGAUUAUCCUUCCAUGAUCAGAGCUGCUUGUGUCAAUCCUGAACCAUAUUUUUUCUUGCCUGCAAUGAUUAAUCUGUGGUGGUUCUGUGGACAGUUUCCUUUUAUUAUGUGCACCUAUGCUGUUCUGGCAUAUAGUGUGACUAAACUCUCUAAUAAUGCAAGCAGAAAGCAAAUGAUCAACACUUGUUUGAGUCACCUCAUUGUCUUGUUUAGCUAUUAUGCACCAAAAAUGGUUUCUGGAUUAUUAACUCGAGUAGGAGUUGUGCUUACUUUAACAGAGAGAAAUGCUAUAUUAAUAAUUUCCUCGUUAAUUCCUCCCUUAAUAAACCCCACUGUUUAUUGCACCAGGACUAAAGAGAUCAGGAAACGAUUAGCACAUGUAUUUUUGCAUAAAAAAAUUAAACCAAAUCAUUUAAAGGUUUUAUCAUGAUAGAUUAUUUUCAUUCUCAUAGCUGAUUGUGAUCAUGUUGCUUUUUAAUGUCUUUUGUAAUGCCCUUGUUCAUGUUAGAGAUUAAGCCAUAGCAUAGAUGUGUUUAUACAUUGUAGUGUAAUGGACAGUAUUUGAUGAAAUUAAUGAUGUAAUGUGCAAGAAAAAGUUUUUUUUAGAGGAGAUUGCUCUGUACAGUAGCUGCCACAUAAAAAAAAAAAAAAACGUUGUUACAUACUUGUACUUUGUCCCACAUCUUAAAUAAUAUUGAAAAUAUCAUAAUUCUAAUAAUAGCAACUUUUUAACUAUACAGUAUAUUAUGUCAGAUUUGUUGUUUCAUGUAUGUUACAAUAAUACAAUAAAUCUAAAGCACA